AUGACCACGUCACCAAAGUUUUGGUUACUUCUGGCUUGCGUCCUUCAUUUCUCCUCCGGAGUGAUGUCCCAAUCCAAUGCCAAUGUUAAUCAAAUCAACAUCGACGGAAGCCUUAUGCUUAAAGAGAAAUUUCCACCCACCACGAAAGCUGUGAUUCUACCUCAAGCUAAAAAGCAGUCAUUGCGGGUCUACACAGGCGACAUGGUCAAGGCUAUCGAUACGAUUCUUCACGAGGUGGUACCAAAUGAGCCGCUUAUAACCGGAGGAAGGAAACAAGCGCUAACAUCUUUUCUCGGUAUCGUACAAAGGAAUGCUCCACUAAACAUGAACGGAAGAGAGCGAUUGCUUAGGAGCUUUGCAGGGUGGGUAGAACAUUCUGAUCCAUUGACAGGAAAGCAGUUCUCCGAAGAAUUAAAGUCUAGAGAAGCAGGCAUAGGAGAAAUUUUUAAUGCGAAGCGCUACGUUGGCUGUGCAUCCUCAAAGCCAAAUCAGCGGGGCUACCCAUGCGCCUUGUGGCAAUUGUUUCACUAUAUACUAUUUCAAAAUACGGGUGGUCCAGCGGAAACUAUUCUCAGACCAGGCAACGUACUAAUGAUUUUUCGAGAUUUCAUCAAGUAUUUUUAUAAAUGCCCGCAAUGCGUUGCCAAUUUCGAAGGGAUAGUUGAACGCAGCCCCUUAGAUUUGGAAAUGCGCCAUAACGAGGCGAUUCUCUGGCUGUGGAAAGCGCACAACGAGAUCAAUAGACUCACUGCUGAUCAACCCGGAGAUCCCCAGUUCCCCAAAAUACAGUUUCCCAGUGUGGAUGAGUGUCCCAGCUGUCGGAACAACGACUCUAGCUGGCAGACUAACGAAGUGCUGAAAUAUUUAAAACGCAUCUAUCGUGAUGAUAUCCUUUUCAACGAAAGGUGGUAG